GAGACUGCCUUUCCCAUCAUGCAAUCCUGGUCGGAAAUGAAAAGGACUGGCCAAGGUGGAGCAGGUUUUUCUUUGUGCACGUAUUAUUUUUCCUAGAUUUCGGUCACUUAACUAAAUCGAAGUCGCGACGACGUGUCCAGCAUUAGCCACAUUACGGACUGAAACAUCAGUCUUCAAGUUCCGCCACUCGUUGAAGUUUUGUCGCCUACUUUAGCCUAGCCUAGCUGGCCAACCGCUAACAAAACUGCCAGGCACGUCGUCAAGCGUUCAGAAAUCCAGUGGGGAAUAUGUUCGCGAGAACUACACUGGCUGCAGAAAAGUUCCAGGAGGAACUUUGUGGAGUAAAAGAGGAGCCCCCACGUCACCAUGACUCGACUAUGAGCAAAAUGAUGCACGCAAAAGUUGUUCUUCGCAGACUCGAAGACCCAGAUGUCAGCCAAGCCCGUCGUCUUGAGCACCAGGAGUCCCCAUACAUCAAGGAGGAAGAGUCCGUUCACAUUACAGGUUUCAGAAACUAUAUUGGUGCUGAGCCAGAAUCUCCUGGCGUUAAAAAGGAUGUUGAGCUCCUCCAAAUCAAAGAGGAGGAGGAGCCCGAGCCCUGUCAACAACAGAAGGAGAGAGAAAAGCAACUUCAAAUCAAAAAGGAGGAGGAGGAGAAGCUACCAUUUGGUAAAGAGGAGGAAGGUAUCACCAGUUUGACUGGUGAGCCCUUGAAGAGUGAAGAUGGUCCGAGUGAGGCCAGCAGAGGGGCUGAGCCUCCAAGUUGGGGGAGUAGCAGCAGCAGCUCAACAGAAGGAUUGCAAGCGGACAUCUACAUUGCUCCAUCAGACAGAGAUGGCACCACGUCACACUCACUUUACAAUGAUGAUGGUCAUAAGAAAUCUCACUGUGACGACAAACUCUGCAAAUGCUCUCAGUGUGGGAAAACCUUUACUAAUAAGUAUACUUAUCGUAAACAUAUGAGGAGCCACACUGGUGAAAAGCCUUUUUCUUGCUCACUUUGUGGUCAAAGAUUCGCUCAAAAGCAAAACCUACAAAGUCACGAACGAACCCACACUGGUGAAAAACCUUUUUCCUGCUCAGUUUGUGGUCAAAGAUUUGCUCAAAAGCAAAACUUGCAAAGUCACGAACGAACCCACACUGGUGAAAAACCUUUUUCUUGCUCAGUUUGUGGAAAAAGAUUCACACAGAAGAGCAUCUUAAACACACACACAAGAACCCACACUGGCGAAAAACAUUUUUCCUGCUCAGUUUGUGGUCAAAGAUUCACUCGAAAGCAAAACUUGCAAAGUCACGAACAAACCCACACUGGUGAAAAACCUUUUUCCUGCUCAGUUUGUGGUCAAAGAUUCGCUCAAAAGCAAAACUUACAAAGUCACGAACGAACCCACACUGGAGAAAAACCUUUUUCCUGCUCAGUUUGUGGUCAAAGAUUCACUCAAAAAAAUAACUUGAAAAUACACACAAGAAUCCACACUGGCGAAAAACGUUUUUCCUGCUCAGUAUGUGGUCAAAGAUUCACUCAAAAAAAUACCCUGAAAAUACACACAAGAAUCCACACUGGCGAAAAACCUUUUACCUGCUCAGUUUGUGGAAAAGGGUUUGUUCAGGCGGGAGAUUUAACAAAACACAGAAGAACCCACAUUGGCGAAAAACCCUUUUCCUGUUCAAAGAUUCACUCAAAAAAAAUACCUUGAAUAUACACACAAGGACCCACACUGGCGAAAAAGCUUUUUCCUGUUCGGUUUGUGAUCAAGAUUCACUAAAAAAAAAUAGCUUGAAAAUACAAGAAUCCACAUUGGAGAAAAACCUUUUUCCUGCUCAGUUUGUGGUCAAGGAUUCACUCUGAAGGAUCAAAUUAAGAGACGUGUGUUGGUGUGAAAAGCAGUGGUUAAUGACUUUUUAUCUGCCUGUCGUCCAUGCUGGAUUCAUCAGAUUUUGCAUGCAGGACAAUUGUAUUCUGUAGAGCUUCCUCAAAACCUGUUGCGGGUUGGCACUUUUGGUGGCUUGCAUGUGCUUUGUCCGAUCCUUGGAUGAUGUACUGUACAUCCACACUACUGCCAAAAGUAUAGGCUCACUCGAUGUAACUCUCAAGCGCCAUUAUAUAUAUCGUACUCUCUCUCUUUCAAACUACAUUAAUAAAUGGUAAUUUUUGGAACCGUAGACCCCAAAUUUAAAAAAAAAAAAUUAAAA